CCCCUCGGGGAUGCCCCGAGGAAGAAGAAACUGUCCAUCUCCAUGAUCUCACGGUCUUAACAGUAGCAGAGUUUCUUUAGCGGUGUCAUCCGAUCAACACAAGGAUAUGCCCAGCUCUUGGCGGUGGUGAGGGGCGACUAGAUUCUGCGAUAGGGUUUCGGACAACGAGAAGCUCCCCGAAAGCGGCCACCGCCGUCACUUCCCUUCACAUGCAUUCACGAGGGUCCUAACUCCCACGGAUGCUUGCAUCUCGGAACUCGCUACAUUUACUACGCCCACUGCCUCCGUUGGAAGCGCUCGAUGCGAAUAGUAGCCAGCAACACCUCUUCCCGUCGCUUCUGCGGACCCCAAGCGACGUCCAACGGAGCGGAGCGCGAACGUUUCAGGGGUGACGCGGCAGGAAAGCCAGAUGGGGCCAGCUUCGAAAGCGGGCCCGCCGCUGACAUCGUCUAACGUGUUCAACCGCGGCUGCCCUCUACCGCUACGUGGACCGUAUCGGAGCAGCGUUCCCACGUGCGAAACUGUGCGCACGUUAGCGCCGCAGCGCUUAAUUAUUUAUUUUUGUGUUCUCCGCGCCCCCACCGCCUUCGUCGUCGCCUUAAGGAACUCCUCCUCGCCCCCACCCGGACACCGGAGUCCCGCGACGGCCUCCGCCUUCUCUUCCUUCUUCCUCUUAUAUUUGGGGAGGGUUUUAUCGAGUGCUGGAGACAGCGAAAGAUGCCGCGAGCCUGCGCUCGUGAUCCCCGUGAGGCGGUCCGUGAGAAUGCCCCAUCGGCGGCCCCUCCUCCCUCGGCAUCCCACAUCCUCCUCCAACGACCCCCCGCCUUCUUUUGAUCGCGAGAGCCACCCGCCCCCGUCGCCGAAGCAGCUCGUGGAGUCCAGCGAUCGGGCACCAGCGGCCGCUUGGAAACCCGGGAACCGGUUCUUGAGCACUCGCCCGAGGUCCGGCCUCGAUGAGGAGCGCCGGCCCUUGGUCGGACCCCAGGGGGGCGGUGUGAUGACCCCGGCGGAAAUGUUCGGCGACCAGGACCGCUUCCUGAUUCCGUUGCAGCGGCUGUCCAGCGGCGGCGGGAGCAGCAGCUUCGGCGGCAGCUUGUUCACGGUGGACGGGAACGUGCUCUCCGGGACGACUGCCACCGUGGAGGGGAGCGGCAGUCUGUUGGCGGCAGUGGACGGCGGCAUGGAUCUGAGGGAUGAGUCGGCUGAUCGGAAUUGGGCGCAGAGGGCGCGGGAGAGCUAUUAUCUGCAGUCGUCGCUGGCAACCAGGUUGACGUCGCAGGCGUUCUUGGCCGGACAGCCGCUCCUCCUGCUGGAAAACUCUCAGGAGAUUUGCGGUGUCUCGGCCGAUUCGGAGACGGUGUCGUAUCGACUAUGGGUCAAUGGUUGCUUGUCUUAUUCUGAUAAGAUAGUUGAUGGAUUCUAUAACAUUAUGGGAAUGGAUCCUUACUUGUGGGCAAUGUGCAAUGAACCAGAGGUUGGUAAAAGGUUGCCCUCAUUGACGGCUCUCCAAGUAGUUGAUCCGAGUGAGUCCUCGAUGGAAGUUGUCCUUGUUGAUAAGUAUGCUGAUCUUAGCCUUAAACAGCUCGAAAACAGAGCUUUGGAGCUUUACCAUGCAUCAGAAACUAAGUUAGAGCUUGUAGAAAAACUCGCCGGACUUGUUUCUGGCUUUAUGGGGGGUGCAUUCAAAUCAGAGCAAGGUGAUCUUCAUCGAUUGUGGAAGUCGUAUAGCAAAGAAUUAAGAAAACGUCAAAAAAGUGUUGUCAUUCCUAUUGGCAACUUGUCUAUAGGACUUUGUAGGCAUCGUGCCAUUCUCUUUAAGGAACUGGCUGAUUACAUAGGAAUUCCAUGUCGUAUAGCUCAUGGCUGUAAGUACUGUUCUUCAGUGCAUCCUUCUUCUUGCCUAGUGAAAGUUGAGGAUGCCAAACAGUCAUUCAGGGAAUAUGUGGUAGAUUUAGUUGGUGAACCAGGAAGAUUCUAUAAUCCAGAUUCAUCCAUCAAUGGCAAUUUGCUUUCGUCUCUGCCCUCCCCGUUCCAAGGUCCCCAUUUGCUUGGUUGUAAGAACUUGUAUACUUCUGAGACGACAUGGAAUCAGAUGCUAGUUCAAGAGCAAACAGGUAUGAUUGCAAGAAACUGUUAUGAUCCAUCUGAAAUAGAAGCUUCCAGACAUUUAAAAGUAAAGGCAAUUGGUAGCAAGGGUGAGAAGAAGGGGAAUCCUCCAACAGUACCUAAAUACUUGAAUCUGGAGCCUUCUCUUGCUAUGGAUUGGCUUGAGAUAUCAUGGGACAAGUUGGAGAUCAAGGAACGAAUUGGAGCUGGUUCAUUUGGGACAGUUUAUCAUGCUGAAUGGCAUGGAUCAGAUGUUGCAGUGAAGGUUCUUGCUGAUCAAGACUUUCAUGAAGAUCAGUUGAAGGAGUUUCUGAGAGAGGUAGCUUCAAGAAAAGAAAUGUACAACAGCAAAUUGAUGAAAUACAGAACUAUAAAGAAAAAAAGAUCGAGUAGAAGCUGCUGCUUGCAAGUUCUUAACCUGCAGGCCAACUUUUGCCCGGUUGCUAUAAUGAAACGGGUUCGCCAUCCAAAUGUUGUACUAUUCAUGGGAGCUGUCACAAAACAACCAUAUUUGUCAAUAGUGACCGAGUAUCUGCCUAGGGGAAGUCUUUACCGUCUCAUAAACAGAACUGCUGCUGGGGAAAUUUUGGACAGGCGGCGUCGGUUGCGGAUGGCCCUUGAUGUGGCCAAAGGUGUCAAUUAUCUUCAUUGUCUAAAUCCACCUAUUGUGCAUUGGGAUCUGAAGACUCCUAAUCUUUUGGUAGACAAGAAUUGGUCAGUGAAGGUUUGUGAUUUUGGGUUAUCGAGAUUCAAGGCUAAUACUUUCAUAUCAUCAAAAUCUGUUGCAGGAACACCUGAGUGGAUGGCUCCAGAAUUUCUUCGUGGAGAACCAUCAAAUGAAAAAUGUGAUGUUUACAGCUUCGGGGUGAUCUUAUGGGAGCUAUUAACAAUGCAACAACCUUGGAGUGGGCUUAACCCUGCGCAGGUUGUCGGAGCAGUUGCCUUUCAGAAUAGAAGGCUGGCAAUUCCUCAAGAUACUUGUCCCGUGUUAGCAGCUCUCAUGGAAUCAUGCUGGGCUGAUGAUCCAAGACAGCGGCCUUCCUUUUCAAACAUCGUUGAUACGUUGAAGAAGCUACUGAAACCACCUGUGCCGCUGGAACAGAUGGCCAGCCCAUAGCCUGCCUGCCUGCCUGUCUGUCUGCCUCCGCCAGCAUGCGAUGCUAUUAUUCUUUUCUCGAUCCAUCCACAAGUAAAUCGCGAGUCCUACCGAGCUUAUAUUAUUUUCACUUGCAAUGUGUAAAAUAUGCCGCAAUAAUGUGCUUCGUUUCGUCGCUAAUAUGUUCCUCUCGAUGAACACUGCUAUACCAUGUGGUCACAUCAUUAGCAAGUCCCAUUAUGCCCUGUAGAGCUUGAUGCGUAAAGUAAGCCAUGUGAGUUGCAAAAUGAAACAGCAGAUACGCUGCCGAUAAGAAGGUUGCUCUUAAAAUUAUGAAGGUAAUGUGUAUGUAUGCACUGUGAAUAGCAAAAAUAGAAAGGCAGGAUAAAUUUUGGUAUUA